AUGGCGGAGCUCAGGAAGAUUCCUGCCUCAGAGGUCGCCUUCCAUUCCUCCAAGAAGGACUGCUGGCUGGUUAUAGAUGGCAAGGUCCCUCCUCACCUUCCCUCUCUCUCUCUCUCUCUCUCUCUCUCUCUCUCCUAUAAUGGGUUAUAUUUUAUUUUGCCACCCCAAUGUCGAUAGGUCUACGACGUGACGGAGUUCCUGGAAGAUCACCCCGGAGGGGAAGAGGUUCUCGUCUACGCAUCAGGUACAGAUGUUUGAGUUCUUAUCUUCUCUGCCUUUGGAUUCGUUCUUCUGCGAGCUUUCGAUGGGGCUCAGAAGGCUCCCUUGAGACUCCCCGGUGUUAGGAAUCAAGAAGAAGAAAUCGGUCUCGUAUAGUAUUUAGGGCUCUAUUAAAUCUGUGAUGGGAGUAGAAGUAUGGCUCGGGAGAUUGAGCGGUUUCCUUUUUUUUUUCUUUUUCUUUUUUCCAGAAAUGGGAUCUUAUGGUUUCUGAUCGAUUUUUCUUAGAUCCCUAGUGUCUGGCGUUCAUCUUAGGGACAAUCCCUUCGACGAAGAUUCUGCUCGAGAUUAUAAAAUUUACAAGAUUGUUUUGAGAUUUUCAGUAUGCAUUUGUUUGAGUUCUUCCCUUUCCUGAUUUGCAUAUUUCUUUCCCUGCUUAGUAAAUAAAUCUUGUCAACGAACAUUUUUUUAAGGUAUCCCCAACAUUCACAACGGUGAUCUAGUAGAGAUUAACAAUGCUUGGAAUAAUUUUCGUCUCAAUUUCCAUAGGAAGAAAUCUAUGCAAGCUGAAAGACACUCUGCACUGGUGCAAACAUCUGAAAUUGGAAACUUCAGUGAUUACAUCUCACAUAAUGGAGGAAAAUAGGAACACAUGAGACAGUCUACUUAAGUUAUGAAUCAAAAGUUCCAAGGACCUUAUACCCUGAUGUUAAUUUCAAGCUUUUUGGCGAUUCCCAUUUGCUACAGAAUAUUCGUGUUCUUUGUACAAUAAUCCUGGUUCUUCUGUUCUUUCUUCCCCUUUUAUUUGGAUGCAUUGCAAUAAAAGGUACUGGAGAUGCAACGCAAUCCUUUGAGGAUGUUGGCCACAGCUCCACAGCAAGGAGCAUGAUGAGCAGCUACUUGAUUGGGGUCCUAGAUGGCUAUGAUGCCGAUGCCCAAGCAGCACUGAAAAACAAAUCAGCCGCCAGCAGAGGAAGGGAAGCUUCAAGAGCGAAUCUGGAUCAGGGAUGGGAGUCCUUUACUCUGGUGGACUUUCUGCUGCCAUUGCUCAUCCUUGCUGUGGCUGUUGUGUCCUGGUAUAUGCUGACCUUCAAGAGUCCUCCUUCUGAAGAUUGA